AUGCCAAGCGGUGCUGCUGCCCUUCAAGCCCGCAAAAGGAAGCUCGUGCUGAAGGCGAAGCCGUCCUCCGGCUCGAGAAGCAGUAGUAUCGACCUGCCAGCGUGCCGGCGACCUGCCGGCAGGUCACCGGCAGGUCGCCGGCACCUACCGUAUCGCACCAACCAUAUCACAUGCCGUAUCGACCUGCCGUAUCGCAUGAAGGAGACCUUUUCUGAACUGUUCGCCCAUCCUGAGAUAAAUGCUGGAUAUGACGAUCAAGCAUAUACGACCGAGAAAGCGGCUUCUGAGCUUCGAUUGAAUGACGAGAUUCAGGCGACUCCAGAGAAAACUCCGUGCAACGAGUUUGAAGCAGAAUUGACAUCACACAUCAUUCCGCCCGUGGCAGAAAGUGAACGGGAAGACAAGACCAGGCGACUUGUGGAAGAGGCAACCACCUUCAAAUCAAAGGGUGGCACCAUUGAGCCAUCGAUGGAGCGGGAUUGGAAGAAGGUUGAAAACGGAAGUGACACUGGAGAUGGAACUGAUGCUAGAACAGGAGCUUCCAACGCUGACAACAUGUGCGUGGUGCAGGAAGAGCCAGAACGGAAGCACACCAUUGCCAGGAACCACAAGUGCGAAGUGUGCGACAAGGUUCUGUCCAGCCAAGCGAGGCUCCAGCGUCAUCUAGCUACACAUGCCGGGAAAAAGUCGCAUGUCUUAUUCGCCAGGAAAUGGGAUUUCACCCGCCACCUCCGUGUACACACGGGCGAAAAGCCAUUCUCGUGUGACUCGUGUCCGGCCAAGUUCUCCCAGAAGCAAAACUUGGCCAGACACCAGCUUACGCACUCCGGGGAAAAGCCCUGGCAGUGCGACCUGUGCCAGAAGACGUUCAAACACAAGUUCGACCUGAGGCGCCACUCGCGGGUGCAUACUGGCGAGCGGCCGUACGAAUGCAACUUCUGUCCAGCCACAUUUUCCAGGAAGUCCAACGCUCGUAGACAUACGCGGAUGCACACCACAGAAAAGCUCUACGAGUGUGGCCUGUGCGGAUUGAGAUUUCGGGAGAGAGGACACGUCAUGGCACACAUGACUAGAAGCCACGGUGAUCCAAGAGCUCGUGCGGGCGGCGUGGCCCACCAGGAUCCUCUCAUCGUGGAGGGAAAACCUCAAGGGGCCGUCGGAAAGCAUCAACGGGCGGAGCCCGGAAAGAAUGUGACUGCGCAAGUCAAGCGAUCUCCAUGGUAA